CAAAGGAAGAAAUUAACCAAAACGGUUUGCGAAACUUAAGGAAUCCUUUUCAGAAAAUUUAGUGAUUAUGGUUGUAGAAGAAGGGCUUGAUGAGUAUAGUCAAGACGGGACUGUGGAUCUUAAAGGAAACCCUGUUCUUAGAUCCAACAGAGGUGGAUGGACUGCCUGUUCCUUUGUUGUUGAAAAUUUAGUGAUUAUGGCUGUAGAAGAAGGGCUUGAUGAGUAUAGUCAAGACGGGACUGUGGAUCUUAAAGGAAACCCUGUUCUUAGAUCCAAGAGAGGUGGAUGGACUGCCUGUUCCUUUGUUGUUGUGUACGAAGUGUUUGAACGCAUGGCGUAUUACGGUAUACAGUCAAAUUUGAUUAUAUAUCUAACAAAGAAACUCCAUCAAGGCACAGUCACUUCCUCUAACAAUGUCACCAAUUGGGUUGGCGCCAUUUGGUUGACUCCUAUUUUGGGUGCAUAUAUCGCGGACGCUCAUCUGGGUCGUUAUUGGACAUUCAUCUGCUCAUCCAUAAUCUAUCUCCUGGGAAUGUCCGUACUGACGCUAUCAGUUUCAAUUCCGUCGUUGAAACCCCCACCAUGCCAUGACACCAACUUGGAGAACUGCAAAAAGGCCUCAAACCUACAACUAGCAGUGUUUUACGGCGCGCUCUACACUCUAGCCGUCGGAACCGGCGGGACCAAACCGAACAUCUCGACGAUUGGCGCGGACCAAUUCGACGAUUUCCACCCAAAGGAGAAGGCUCAGAAGCUGUCCUUCUUCAACUGGUGGAUGUUCAGCAUCUUCUUUGGGACGUUCUUCGCCAACACGGUUCUUGUUUGGCUACAGGAUAAUGUUGGUUGGACACUUGGAUAUGCUCUCCCAACGCUCGGACUUGCUAUUUCUAUUGGGAUAUUUGUGUCCGGGACACCAUUUUAUCGGCAUAAAGUUCCCACAGGGAGUCCCUUUUCAGGAAUGGCUCAAGUCAUUUUGGCUUCCGUUAGGAAAUGGAGAGUGCCUCUUCCUAAUGACCAAAAAGAACUCUAUGAGCUUGACUCCGCAGUGUAUGGGAAGAAGGGAAAUUACAGAAUUGAUUCUACCCCAACAUUAAGGUUCCUCAACAAAGCUGCAGUGAAAACAGGCUCAACCAGCUCAUGGAUGCUAUGUUCAGUUACACAAGUGGAAGAAACCAAGCAAAUGGUAAGAAUGUUACCAAUCUUGGUCUCCACUUUCGUACCAUGCGUUAUGCUUGCACAAGUAAACACUUUAUUCGUCAAGCAAGGAACCACUCUACAAAGGAAAAUUGGCAGCUUCAAAAUCCCGCCUGCGAGUCUAAUCGCUUUUGUUACCUUUUCAAUGCUUGUCAGCAUAGUCCUCUACGACCGGUUCUUCGUCAAGAUCAUCCGAAAAUGGACCAAGAACCCGAGAGGAAUCACUCUCCUUCAAAGAAUGGGAAUUGGAAUGGUUCUCCACACUCUACUCAUGGCAGUCGCUUCAAUUAUCGAGAGACACAGACUUAGUGUAGCCAGAGAACAUGGGGUUGUACAAAAUGCAGGCCAAGUUCCUUUGUCAAUAUUCAUUUUGCUUCCACAAUUUGUGCUAAUGGGAGUUGCCGAUGCUUUUAUAGAGGUUGCAAAAAUCGAGUUCUUUUAUGACCAAGCGCCGGAAAAUAUGAAGAGCCUUGGGACUUCAUAUUCAAUGACUACUAUAGGAGUUGGUAGCUUACUUAGUAGUUUCCUUCUUUCAACGGUUUCACAUGUUACUAAGGAGAAUGGUCACCAUGGAUGGAUUCUCAACAACCUCAAUGACUCUCAUCUUGAUUAUUACUACGCGUUCCUUUCGUUGUUGAGCUUUUCAAACUUCAUCUUCUUCUUGUUUCUUUCCCAGUCUUAUGUGUACAAAGCUGAGGUUUCAGAUUCGAUUCAAGUUCUCACUGAAGAAUUGAAAGCGACGAGGCUAAGGGCGUUGGAUGGUGACCAAAAUAAUCAAUGAUCAGUUAGGUGGCACGUCAAAGAAUGGAGUUUUGACUCAUACUUUUGUGGCAUGUUCUUGGUUGGUGGAAGCUCUUUUUAGUGAAAGGCCUUUUAUAGAGAGGUCCCUCUAUAAUUAGCCUUUUGGGGGUGAUAGUGGUUUAUGAAUUCAAUAUGUACUUCUGGUUUUGGUUAAUUUCCCCAUGUAAAAGUUCACUGUCAAAAGUAAAGAAAAGAAAAAAGUUUAGGCUCCUGUAAUCGUGGUUUUUGAAAAUGAUGCUUUAGUCAAUAGAUUAGUCUUGUAGUGGU